AUGCCCGGUCCCAACAUCCCCAAGAUUCUCAUGGCUGGCGGAGCCGUCGGAUUCAGCUACUACCUCGUCAUGCGCCAGUACUGGUUCCCGAAUCCCUACAAGACCCAAGGCAUCCAGAAUGUCGAGGACAGGUUCACAGCAGCCGGAGGGGCUGGAUCGCAUACACCAGGCGUUGCAACGAAGCUAGGAGAUGCGGACACCACCUCAAGGCAAGACGGCGGGAGCAAGGGCGCUGGCACAAAGAGUUUCCAGGAGAAGGUUGGCGAUCAGACAAACUGGUAG